AUGGAGGCCAAGCAGGACGCGCUGGUGGACGCGAUCCGCGCUAUCAUUGGGCCGAGUGACGUCUCGCGCUCGCGUAUCCUGGAGCUAUUGAAACAGGCGGGCAAUGACCCGAACAAGGCCGUCGACCUCUUUUUCCAGUCAGAGGCGAGUGACAGCGCGACGUUUCGGGUCAAUGACGUGGAAGGGUCUGACGAAGAAGAGAACGGCGGGACCACGUUGAAGACCGAGACGAAGGGUCGAGAAGCUGUGGCAAGUGUCGCUGCUGGUGCUGGUGAAAGUGACGCACGUGCGUUCGGUACAAAGUGGUCGUCGAAAGCCGAGGAGCUCAGUGGCCUUUUGGGUGGAGAAGUGAAGCGAGACGUGAUUCUGUCGCUGCUUCGACGCACAAAGAAUAAUCUACAGCAGGCUGUGGAGAUUUAUUUCACUGAGAACGAAGCUGAGACGGAGUUUGACGAAGGAAGCGACGAUGAAGUCGACGUUAACGGAGGUGGUAGCAAUGCUGCUGUUACUACUUCUACUGUUGAUACAGAAGGUGCUACCGCCAAGACGACGUUGCUGUCGACAAGUCGUGCGGCAGAGACCCCACUGCUGGCACCUUCAGCUGCUUUAAGAAUUGUCAUGCCGACGACAGGUGUGCCGAAGCCUUGUCAGAUGCCGUGUCAGUCGUCAGCAGUACUGCCGCAGACGCCGUCAGUGUUGACAUCGAUCGAGUCGCGACAGUUGACGCCGUUGUCUCCACCAGCUUCGAAGGAUCGACCGGCCAUGGAAGAUGCAAAACCAUCUGUCGCAGUUCCAGAAGAAGAGUCGAUUUAUGGACCUGGGACAUACGAAGUGGUCACGUCUAGUAGCAACUUGUGCUGGCAGAUCGGCAGCGUGUUUGGUCGCGCAGUGGUGCAGCACGUGCAACCUGGCGGACCCGCUGCAGUUGCUGGUAUUCAGAAAUCUGACGUGCUACUGGCAUUCCGCGACACAGUGCUGAAUGAAGAGAAUUGCGCAGCUGUUGUCCAGCACUUGUCCAACGAGCGCGUGCUUGCUCCUUCUACGCUUCGUUUCCGCCGUGCUUCAGAUUCUCAUUUAUCGCAGCAGGCUGUUCCAAAAGACAAUGGUAUAGCAUAUUCUGAGCCGGUAUCCACUAGUGCUGAAUCACCUCUGCGAGACAGUGAUGGGGAUGUAGUGAUGACACAGGCGAGUAACGACGUGGCCGUAAAUGGCGUUGUGGAACCCAAAUAUGGCCUGCAGUUGCUAUGCCGGGCCGUGGAGACUAUACAAGACGCCAUUGCAGGCCCUUCAGCGGUGGAAUAUAAGGCUUUGGUAGACCUGCUGUUGAACUCUGAAUUCAGCUUGGACCGUGCAGUGAACACUUAUUUGACCGAAGACCGCGUCGUCAGCGAUUUUCGUGGAAUCGUUGGCUGCGACUGGGACCCGGAAAAUCCGGCUGUGUCCGUCAUGGGGGCCGUCGAGUCUUAUACUGCGUCUAUUCCAGCUGGUUCACUUGGACUCACUGUCGAAAACAUCCUGGAGCGUACAAUUGUUGUGGAUAUAAGAUCUGGCGGUGCUGCGGAGCGCGCAAAUGUCAGACGUUCUAGCUGGCUUGUUGGUCUAAAUGGCCAACGAGUCACUCAUUUGACUCAUAAAGAGACACUUCGUUUGAUUGAGACCACUACGCGUCCACUGCAAUUGCAACUCGUUAUAGUUCCACCAGAUGACUACAAAGCUCUUCGAAGACAGUUGUCAAUGAACAUUCGUCAACAGAAGACGGAGCGUCCGAUUCCUGAGCAGGACCGAAUGUCGUUCCGGGUAUUUCAGAUGAAAAUCCAUCAGGGCGUAUUGACUUUUCCCAAGCUCGUAACCAAAGCUCUGUUUCAGUACCUCAGUACGGAGGCGUACCACCCUCCGACAAUGGAUCCACAUUACACGAAUCCUCUUGACCGAUCGAUACUACCAGCAGAUGAGGCGUGGGACAUUGCACUUGUGGACGAUAUUGAAACCAUGCCGGAGGAGCGUUCUGGUGAGAUGCGUGCCGAACGCCGGUUUUUGCUGAACCUAUUUGCAUCUAUCCAUGACUAUGAGGAUAAGGGAGAAAGCACCGUCAUCCGGACCAUCCAGUUUCUUGGCUGGCUUGCGGUACGCACAGCACGAAUGCAGCAACUGGUGGAUGCAGUGGAAGUGAAGUCGACUGAUGAUGGUGGAGUUUGCAAACGUCACCGCUACGAGUUAUUGCUUGCGGUGGUGUUGCAUGUACUCGAGAGCUUAUCAAUUAUUGAGAAUCACGCUACAUGGGACGUCAUGGUGAACGCAUUGAAGAUGCUGAUCGUGUCACUGACGGAUGCCGAUGUCGAUAAGGUGCUGGUACCGAUGUUUGCCCGACUCAGCAUUAGUUCAAGCCCAACAGCGCGCAUCGUGCCUGUGGCUCUUCUCUCUAUGGUCUAUCCACGUGUACGCGGAGACGUACGUGUUCAGCUUCGCGGAAUGCUUGAUCGGAUGUGCAAUGACGAUAACCCAUUGGUUCGUCGCGCUGUAACAUCUGUGAUUGGCGAUCUGGCAGCUGCGGGUGGUUCUUCCGUGGCUAGUUGGACGGUCCAACUGCUGGAAAAGUCGACGGCAGACAGUCACGACAUUGUUCGUAUUUUCGCCGUGAAAAGCUGCAUCACGCUAGCCGUCACCUUGCGCCGUUUGAUGCACGAGGAUAAGAGUAAGUCGCAGGAACAAGCUGAACAGACACUGCGUCUUCUGUAUUGUGUAAUGGUGCCGAUGGUGAACACAUACACGUCAGACUCGUCUUGGCAAGUGCGGCUGGAAACAGCGCGGACAUUGCCUGCUUUCUGCAGAGCAUUUGGCUUGGAGUAUUCUGACAUUUUUGUCGACCAUUUUGUGUCGAUUGUGAGUGAUCCCACGGUAGAAGUUCGCCGUGCGUGUGCUGAAGGUGUUUUCUCUCUUGGGGAGGCGCUGCGCGACACUGCGUUGCAGCAGGAGCGUAUAUCGCAGGCAAAAGACAUAAUAGCAGGGCAAGACAAAGCGAGCGAGUCGGACGGUGUGACUUCGGACGUGGAGUCAUCUGUGACUGCUGCUCAAGUCAAGUUUGUGCGCAGUGUUCUGCCUGCUACAUACACUCUUGCAACAGACGUAUCCGUGGCUGUAAGACUGGCACUGGCUCAGUCUAUAGGCCGUUCAUUGCAGUUCAUUGGCAGUAGCUACUACGAUGAGCUGUUCCCGUUUUUCACUCAGUUCUUGGAUGAAAGCCAAGAUGCCUCGGUGCGUGCGUCGCUGCUGGAGGAGAUGGCGCGGUACUGCGACUGCUCAUCAGAAAGUGUCAUGGCUAUGAUUCUUCCGGCUAUACAGGCCCUGCUUACCUCGGUACAGUGGCGAGUGCGUCUCAAGUUUGUUCAUUGUGUGGCCGCGUGGGCUGAGCGUGACGAUGGAGCAGCACUUCCUGGUGUCUUUGCUGAUGCAUGCUUGGAGUUACUGAGUGAUGCGGUUUACGAAGUGCGUGCAGUGGUGUGCGAAAAACUUCCUUCGUUAGGGAAGUCAUUAGGUAGUGAAUGGGUGGCAGAAAGGUGCGUACCUCGCGUGUCGGUGUGCCUGCGGUCCACGUUUCAUGGACGGCUGACCGGCUUGAUGGCGGUCGAGCUUCUUGCGAGAGAGCUACAGCAGAUGGAUAAAUUGAGUACCGUAGCUGAGACUGUGGUGGAGCAGUGCACGUCCAAGACCGCGAAUGUCCGUUUCCGCGCACUGCGCACUCUUGGACUUAUUGUUCCAAGACUGAACGAUCCAAGCACGACAGAGAGCGCUCUGGAGAUCGUUCGUCCUCUUGCUCUUGCCGAAACAGAGCCUGACCCGGACGUACGCGAAGCUGCUGAAGCAACACAGUCGCUCCUUGAGGCCGUGCUAAGCUAA